UAUCGUUGUCGCAAGUGUUUUUGCCGUCACCGGACCGGAACAGUGUGCCAAAAGGUUUACCAAUCGAGAUACAACUACAAAAACGAAUUCGAUAACAGUUAUUACUACAUCAUUGUUAUAUUGAUAUUGAGUGAUAUACUUAGACUGUUAAUUGUAAAUGAUUUCAAUUGUAUUAGAAUGAUUAUCAUAAAAGAGCCAAUGUUUUCGUGACAUUUAUUCAAAGUUAUAAUGCAAUAUUAUUCGUCAGUUUCACAACCUGUGAUAAACCAAUCUUCAAUUACACUUGCGUGACGUUUAAGAUAAUUUCUGUUGGCUAUCAAAAGCCGUUCAGAUUAUUAUUAAACGGUAAAAAACAAUUUCUUAAUAAAAUGGAGCGAGAAUCUAAUUCAAUGCAGGCUUUAUGUCGUGGUGGAUGUGGCUUCUAUGGUAACCCUUCUACAGAUGGUCUUUGCUCUCUAUGUUAUAAAGAGGCAUUAAAAAAGAAACAAGCCCCACCACAAACUGCUCCAUCACCACCUUCAGUCACUGCUCAGACCAUGAUGGAGACUGCUAUACCUACCAUACCAGUUCUGCAAAUUCCACCUGUAUCUGCUUCUCCAAUGUUGCCCUCAGAUUCGAAAAAAGAUUUGGACAUCGGACUAGCAUGCAAUUCUAAUGACAGCAGUUUUAUGGAUGAUGGCAAAAAAGAUGACGAUGAUGAUAAAGACAAAUCUAAAAAGAAAAACCGAUGUGCCAUGUGCCGCAAAAAAGUUGGUCUUACAGGUUUUGAAUGCCGUUGUGGAGGCUUAUUUUGCGGCAUACAUCGAUACUCUGACAAGCACAAUUGUUCAUUUGACUACAGGGAGCUUGGAGCACAAGAAAUCAGGCGCAAUAAUCCAGUAGUUGUUGGAGAGAAAAUUCAGAAAAUUUAAUAAUGAUGGAAUUAUCACUUAAGCGCAUGCUAAUAAUGAAUGUACCAAUAUAAGAAAUGUGUAUAUGCAUAUUUAUACAUAUAUUUACUACUAUAUGUAUGUGUGUAUAUAUAUAUAUAUAAAUAAACUUCUACUGUAGUUUUAUAACAA